GCUGGCUACUGUCUCUUCUUCAGGUCAGGUCAUGGAGUUUGCAGAGUUGAUAAAGACACCCAGGGUGGAUGGGGUGGUUCUUCAUCGGCCUUUCAUGCCCACAGUGGAGGGGACCCUGUGUUUGACUGGUCAUCACCUGAUUCUGUCCUCCAGACAAGACAACACAGAGGAGCUGUGGCUGCUUCACUCAAACAUUGACUCCAUAGAGAAAAGAUUUGUGGGCUCUCUUGGAAGCAUCAUUGUAAAAUGCAAAGACCUGAGAGUGAUUCAACUCGACAUCCCUGGCAUGGAGGAGUGUCUCAACAUUGCCAGCUCUAUUGAGGCUCUUUCUACGCUUGAUUCACUCUCCCUGAUGUAUCCUUUCUUCUACCGGCCCAUGUUUGAAGUCAUAGAAGACGGCUGGAAUUCAUUUCUUCCCGAGGAUGCCUUUAAAGAUUUGGAGUCAAUGACAGAUGAGUGGAGACUGAGUGCCGUUAACAAGGACUUUAGCGUGUGUCCGUCAUACCCCCCUCUAGUGGCCGUGCCCAAAGAUGUUGAUGAUGACACACUAAGGAAAGCAGCUACCUUCCGUCACGGUGGCCGUUUUCCAGUACUUAGCUACUACCACAAGAAGAACGGCAUGGUGAUGAUGCGCUCAGGGCAGCCUCUGACAGGCACCAACGGGCGUCGGUGUAAGGAAGACGAGAAGCUGAUCAAUGCCACCCUGCGGCCAGGCAAACGGGGCUACAUCAUUGACACACGCACCAUCAAUGUUGCCCAGCAGGCCAAAUCCCGCGGUGGAGGAUUUGAGUCUGAGGCUAACUACCCCCAGUGGAGGAGGAUCCACAAGGCAAUUGAAAGGUAUAACAUCCUCCAGGAGAGCCUGAUAAAGCUGGUAGAGGCCUGUAACGACCAAUCGCACAGCAUGGACCGCUGGUUAAGUAAGCUAGAGGCGUCCAACUGGCAGACUCACGUCAAGGAGAUCCUCACCACGGCCUGCCUGGCUGCCCAGUGUAUCGACAGGGAGGGAGCCUCGGUGCUCGUUCACGGUACAGAGGGGACAGACUCCACCCUGCAGGUGACCUCUUUGGCUCAGAUCAUCCUUGAUCCGGCCUGCAGGACCAUCAGAGGCUUCCAGGGCCUGGUGGAGCGAGAGUGGCUCCAGGCGGGUCACCCGUUCCAGCAGCGCUGCUCCCAGUCAGCCUACUCCAACAGCAAGCCUCGCCAGGAGGCUCCAGCCUUCCUGCUCUUCUUGGACUGUGUGUGGCAGAUCCUUCGCCAGUUUCCGUGCUCCUUUGAGUUCAGCGAGAGCUUCCUGGUGCUGGUCUUUGAACACGCCUAUGCUUCUCAGUUUGGGACCUUCCUGGGCAACAGUACAGCUGAGAGAGCCAAGUUGUCUCUCCCUGAGAAGACUGUGUCCCUGUGGUCGUGGGUGAACCGGCCCCAAGAACUGGAGCGUCUGACCAACCCUCUCUACGAGGCCAACAGUCUGGUGACCUGGCCCUCUGUGGCCCCUCAGAGUCUGCUGCUGUGGGAAGGAGUGUUCUUGCGUUGGAACCGCUCCUCAAAGUGUUUGGACGAGGCCUAUGAGGAAAUGGUGCACAUAAUUGAAUACAACAAGGAGCUUCAGAACAAAGUAAACAGCCUGCGCAGGCAGCUGGCCCAGCUGGAAACUGAAGAUCCUCUGCUGCAGACGCCAUAAACAGAGAGAGAGAGAAAGAGAGAGAGAGAGCUGUGACAGGAAGCAAGGUGGAUGAAAGAGGUAGAAUAUGUGAAAAUGUAACUAAAUAUAAUAACAGAUCAAUGUCAGCCUGGCUAGAUUUAAUUAUUUUCAGAUGUUUAGGGAAUAUGUCAUUUAAAAAAAGAAUAUAAUUUGGGUAAAUUAUUCUAAGCCCAGAUUCAUUUAAAAAUCAACCUCUUUGAUUCUCCAUCCAUGCAGAUAUCUUUCACUCAAUUGACACUUUAUAUUCAUAAAAAUGUACAUUUUUAGCUUAUUCUACCAUGUUGUGUAAUUGGAAAGAUACAGAAGCAAAAAACAAGGAAACUAAACACAGCCAGAUAUUUCUCAGAGUGCUGCUAAAGCCAUCACUUCAUUGCUUUUUUUAUGUACAUCUGAAAGUAUUUUUCAAUUGGUUGAUCGUCCAAAAAACAAUUUACGGCUAUUUCGAAAAUUAAUUAAUAAUUUCUGUAUAACAAUGAUGCCAAAUAUUUGCAGGUUCUACUUUUCGAAAAUGUGACAAUUUGUUGCUUUUCUUUGUCAGAAAUCACUGUUAAGACUAACUAUUUAUUUAUUUUCUCUCAGUUCUCUCAACAAAGGACCUCAAAAUUAUUCAAAUAACCACAUAAAAUAAGAAGAAUGGAAAAAGUAAGAAAGAAUCUGACUGAUGUUUACAAAAGGGGGUUAUUUGCAGAGUAGGGGCAGAUGCAUACCACAAUUUUGUUAGAGCAACACAACUCACUUGGUUAAACAUCGAGGUACAGUGCAACAAAAGUUCAUCUUUGUAGUUGUAGACUUGCAGUAAUUUUUUCCGUUAUAUAAUUCCAUUUCAGACUCUGCAACCACUAAGUAAACCUUUUGCUGUGGGACAUUUAGAUGGGCAUUUCUUUCACUAUUUUUUUUUACAUUUCAUGACCUGAAAGAUUAAUAAUAAUAAUUAUGAGAUUAAAUGAUAAUAAAAAUAACUGCUAAUUGCUUCCUUAAUCUAGUAUUAGCGUGCACCCGUGUGUACAGAAUUCACUUUUGAGUUUCUUAAAUUACGCUUUGGCUCGUCAGCUGACUUCACAGCUGCUAAGCCCCAUCAAACCCCCACGUCUCGCACGUCUCGUUGACUCUCAUUUACAUAAACACACACACACACACAGACAUGUAAACAUCAAGCGACUGAGUCUGUGUAUGGUGUGUGUGUAUGUUUUAAUAGAUUCCUGUGGAUUUUUGGGGCAUUGAUCUGAUCUUGGGAAGAAGGGAAUAUCGGAGGUUAAUAUACAGGGUACACGUUUCCAGCAACAUCCUGCUGAAUGUAUAUGUCACUGGAGCACUGCAGAGUAACUAUGGCAACAUAUAGGGUGCUAUAAGGCAGCAUGUGACUUUGCUGCACGAUGAGAUGAUAUAAUAAGCGUAGGUAGGGUCAGCACCUGCUGUACUUUUCAAUGAGAGGGGCGGCUUAUUUAAUAAGGAUCGGACUAAAAUAUCUUGUAUGUUUAUCUGGUCAUUACUUGACAUUCCAGUAAGGAGCACGGCCGGAGGUAUCAACCUAUUUAACACAACCUUAUGAAAUAUUAGCUUGCCUGGUUAUCUUUUGUUUUACAAUGUCAUUAUGCAUAGUAGUAAAAUAGUCAAAUAUGUUUGAGCGUAUGAGUCAGAAAAAAGAGGCCCUUGGUGUAAAGUCCAACAUUACACAAGGAGGUUUGUCAGCUUUUUAAAUGAAAAUAUUAUAUUCUAAUGUGAGAUAUAUUGACCAGUUCAUAUUUUGGUAAUUAAAGUUCUAUAAUAACUGUUUUGCUAAAGACAUUAUCAAACAAAAUGCAUAUCUGCUGUGUUGUAGUUUAAGAUUAUAAACUAAUGCACUUUGUGUGAAAGGCAAAUACAAUAUCAGACACAUAUAAUAUUGUAAUUAGCAUUAUUGAGUAGUUAAACUUGACAAUAUAUUCAACUUAGUGAACCUCAAACUAUAAGAUUUAAGUCUGUGCAGAUGACGCCAACGGUGCGCCAUGGGGAAAUUCACUUCAGUGUCAGUUUCUUGCAUCCAAAGUUAUAAUUUUCUCACCAACGCAGGACUCAUCAUACUGCAGGCCAUGACCAGAAAAGCCACACUAAAAUAAUGCUGGUGCUUCUUCUAGACCUUUUGUUGAAGAAGCACCUAAACAAAAUCAUGACCUAAAUUCUGUUGGAACAGUGACAACGCUGUCCACAGGUGAAGGGGGCCUCCAUUAGGAUAACACUGUUAAGAAAGCUUAAAGCUGAACUUUAAAUGCAAAGAUGUGGCAGUCAAGGGUUUAAUUUAAAUCUGAUUUUGUUUGUUUGCUGGUAAGAAAUUCCAUUUUCUCUGCUUAUGUCCAUGUCAUUUUCAUAUAUUUAACCUAUUUUGGGUUAAGAUUAAUGUUCAUCACACUAAAAUGAACUGAUUCCAGCCACUACAUUAAACUGCUUCAUAAAAGGGAAAAGCUGUUUAUAGCUGCACUGUAUACAUGUUUUCCUUGCCAAAAAGAGACACACAUUAUCUACUGUUGCUUUGUGUACGCAUGAAUGGAACAAUGAGUUCAGUCAAGGUAAUGGUGUCAUUGGCACAAAUCUCCCCUGCUUGCAUUAUGCAAAAAUGUCAUGCUUAAAUGAUUGUUGCUUUGUAAAAGUUAAGAAACUCUACUAUGUUUGUGCAAUGCCUUUCUGCAUAAUCAGAAAUACACAUUUAAGUACUUUUGUCACUGCUGAUUACUGUAAAAUUAUAUUAUUGUUAAAAAAGAUUACAUGUUUUUUUUAAGUUUCCAUGCAAUUAAAAAUGAUAGCACAAAAUA